GUUCAUCUGUUUUGUGGCUGGUGUGCUUGUUCGCUGGCUGUAUGGCUGGCUGGCUGACUGAUGCUUUAAUGGCCUUUUUCCCAGCCAUGCCGCACCAUACGCAUCACAGCUUUGAGUGAGUGAGUGUGUGUGCUGGUGUUGUGAGAGUUUGUGUCGUUAACGUUUUCGAGUAGUUGUUUUGUCGAUUUACACAAACGACCGACCAAGUAGUGCUGCCAGUGGUACUCUGCUCCUCAAAAAUUCACAGACCGUAAUAUGAGUAUUAAUUGCAAGGUUUUUUCAUUUGGUAAAGAAGUGGUGCUGCUGCUACGAAUAAUAAAAUUGUUUUGGAAAAUUAACUCGAUAACAACGACAAGGAAUAUUGAAAUAGGCAAAUCAAUUGGCAUCAACGGACAUCAAUUAUUGUUGUUUUUAUUGUUAUUGGUGUGAUAAUCUCUAAUUAAAAAAAAUAUAAAAAUAAAAAGAAGUAAAGAAUAGAGAGAAAAAUAAUCAAAUCAAAAAGCAAAUUUUCCCAAAUUAUGGAAUAUACAUCCCUCAAGAAUUUCGUGCUCACGGAAAAUCUCAAAGAUACCGCCAAGACAUUCUAUCACCAUCACAGCAAUGUUAUCGGUCGCGACAUAUUAUCCAGUUACGAUUUGGUUAUGGAUCAUUUCAAAAAUUGUCACAGCCAUGCCGCCGCCGCGAAUGCGGCAGCCGCUGCCGCCAUGACCAUACCGCCCGUGAUAUAUGAAAACCAGGAUGAAUCGGAUAUUUAUUUCAAUUAUAAUCCAGCAACGCUCAAUUCCUCAUCGUCGCCGCCUUCCUCCGCAUCAUCGUCGGCCGCCAUUGUUGGCAGUAUAAAUAAUCAAUUUUCAGAUUUAAAAGCCGAUGCCUAUCAAAGUGAUCGACAGAAACAACGUCGAAUGCGUACCACAUUUAGUUCGGCCCAAAUCAAAGAACUAGAGAAAAUAUUCCAAGAGACUCACUAUCCCGACAUAUACACCCGUGAAGAAAUUGCAACAAAAAUCGAUCUAACCGAAGCUAGGGUACAGGUCUGGUUCCAAAAUCGUCGGGCCAAAUUUCGAAAACAGGAACGGCAUUCCAUACAUAUCAAUCGUACAACGUCUUCGUAUUGAGAUUACAUUAUACAUCCAAUCCUUCCUCCCACUAACAUUUUACACUACUACGAUAUACAUCAUAAGGCAUUACAUAAUAUAUAAGUUUACGAUUUUACUGUGUUUUUGAUAAUUUAAGUCAUAAAAUACAUUCAUUUACAAUGUAUUAAUAAAUAAUAAUAAUAUUUAA